AUGAUAGACCACGCGCAAACAGGCCCCUCUGGACUAGAGAUUGUCCAACAGAAGUCCCAAGAGAGUGGUUCUGGUGCGGGACCCGGUCGAUGGGCGGUGGUCUCCGUGGGGCGACUGCUUCAAGGCAAGUCCAUGCUCGGGCUAACCCUGGAGCACGUCCUCCGAUCAGCGGGGGCGUGUGAGGAAGAAUUCGGCGUCGAUGGACUUGGCGGCCAAGACGUAUUGGCCAAGGACCGGGCUAUCAGAUCAUCUAAUCUUAUCAGAUGGGCCGAGGACUCUGAGGACUAG